GUGGAGAAGAGGAACAAUAACAACAGUUACGUAAACGAGACAAUGAAAGUGUGUCCAAACUCUCUGAACUCAACGCAAACAAAUUUGAAGGCAAAAUAUUCUGGUGUUUCGCCGACACUGAAGACGUCGCGGAGACAGUCGUCGUCGCGGUUCAACAUCAGCCAAAACCGUGAGAUCCAGAAACUGCCGGCUCUUAAGGACGCCACAGUCGCCGAACGCGAGGAUCUGUUUAUCCAAAAACUGAACCAAUGCUGUGUGUUGUUUGACUUCGCGACGGAUCCCUUAAGUGAUCUGAAAUGGAAAGAAGUGAAAAGAGCCGCUCUUCACGAACUCGUCGAGUAUAUCAUGACUCAGAGGAAUGUCAUCACCGAAAACAUAUACCCAGAAGUCGUUAAUAUG